AGCUGUUGAACAAUGGCAGGAAGUUGGUAUGCUGUUCAGUGUCUGGCACUUUGUGUUUGGUUCGGUGCUUUCUGUCAUGCUGUUCCAAAGUGGAGUAAUCUUCCUCAGAAUCCUCAAACUCUGAUGUUCCAGCAAACUGACCAGCGGUUUCAACAACCAGUUCAACAGCAAGCUAGUCAACAGUUUUCUCCGCAGUUUCCUCAGUCAGUUCAACAGCAAGCUAGUCAACAGUUUCCUCAGCAGUUUCCUCAGUCAGUUCAACAGCAAGCUAGUCAACGGUUUCCUCAGCUAGUUCAACAAGCUAGUCAACCGUUUCCUCAGUCAGUUCAACAGCAAGGUAGUCAACAGUUUCCUCAGCAGUUUCAGCCUAAGCAGCCAGUGGCACAGGCAGAGCCCCUUGACAAAUGUACUGUCGCUGAUUAUGAGCAGAUCCAAUGUGGACCACCUGGUAUCAGUGGUGCUGAGUGUGCAGCUAUCAACUGCUGCUUUAACGGACAGCAGUGUUACUAUGGGAAGGCAGUGACUGUCCAGUGUAUAAGAGAUGGUCAGUUUGUGGUAGUGGUGGCUAGAGAUGUUACGCUGCCUCGAUUGAGCCUGGAUUCAGUCCGUCUCCUGGGUGGAAAUGAUCCAGCUUGCAGUCCUGUGGAAUCCACACCUUUCUUUGCUAUAUAUCAGUUCCCUGUCACUGCAUGUGGCACAAGCAUGAUGGAGGACAGUGGAUAUGUGGUGUAUGAAAACAGAAUGACCUCCUCGUAUGAAGUGGGUAUGGGACCACUUGGUUCCAUCACAAGGGACAGCCAUUUUGAGCUUCUCUUCCAGUGUAGGUACUCUGGUACUUCUGUGGAAGCUCUGGUUGUGGAGGUCAACACUGUUCCUCCACCUCCACCAGUAGCUGCUCCUGGACCCCUCAGAGUGGAGCUUAGACUGGCAAAUGGUCAAUGUGUCACCAAAGGCUGUGCAGAAGGGGAUGAGGUGUACACGUCCUACUACAGUGAUGCUGAUUAUCCGGUCACAAAAGUCUUGCGGGAACCUGUGUAUGUUGAGGUGCACAUUUUGGAGAGGACUGACCCCAACAUUGUCUUGAUGCUGGGACAUUGCUGGGCGACAUCAACCCCUAGUCCACUCAGUCUACCCCAGUGGGACCUUCUGGUUGAUGGAUGCCCUUACCAAGAUGAUCGUUACCUGACCACAUUGGUUCCAGUGGCUGGAUCAUCUGGGCUUCAGUUCCCAACCCACUACAAGCGCUUUGUUGUGAAGAUGUUCACAUUUGUAGAUCCAGCAUCACUGGCUCCUCUGCAGGAAACGGUCUUCAUCCAUUGCAGUACAGAGGUGUGCCAUCCCUCUUCUGGCUCUUGUCAGCAAAGUUGCUCCAGGCAAAGAAGGGACGUUCGUUUAAACGCUACCACUUCUGGCCAAACUGUGGUUUCUAGUGGAGAAGUGAGACUGAUUCUAUGAGUAUUUAAUAAAUGAUAUUAAACCUUAA